GAAAUGUUUUUGUAGGCUGAAGAGUUUGUUGGUGUAACUUGAAACUAUUGCUUGCCCCUAGAAUCUAGAUCUAGAUGUCCAUCAAAGUGAAUAAUAGGACGUGUGAACGUUGAAGAGAAGGUUAUCUAUUGUCAGACGUGAGAUAGAAAGGGCGUGUAUUAGAACUAAAUUUGUAAUUCUUAAGGUGUAGACCUAAAAGAUAUUGUCAAACUGUGAAAUGGGAGAUCAGUUGAGAAAAGAUGUAGACUUUAACGGACUUUUUAGAAAGCUUGGGCAUUCUCUUGAAGAAAUUCGGGUUCGUGCAUUGGAGAACAUCCAGUCCAAGCUGGAUCAUAAGUUGAUUUGCUAUGCGGACAUCAUUCAUGAGAAGCAACUAUAUAUACGAUUGCUGGAAUGGUUCAAUGUCCCAGACUGUACACAUAAAACAGAAGUUCUUUCCUUGUUAAAUAGAUUGUCUCAGUAUUCCUCUGGUGCACAGCUGAUCCAAGAUAUUGGUGGUAUUGAGUUUUUAACUCAGCUUCGUUCAGACAUUGAGCCUGCCCACAGACCAAUUAUAGAUCAAAUUCUGGAAAGUAUCAUGAUUCUUCCAGAGACCAAAGAAGAAGAACAUGCAACAGAAUGUAUCUACCAUAAACCAACUGAUAGUGCUAUCUGGGGUGCAUCAAGAGGCUCAGACAGCACAGGUUUACACAUGACUGCCAGUAUGGACAGACUGAGCUUACAUGACACUCCAAGCUAUUUCACUACAUCACCAAGGCAAAGUGGCCAAUGCACUGGUCAUCAAGUUGACAUGGUUGCCAAUAACUGUGGCUUGAUAUGUUCUGACAUAUUUAGGAAUCAUGAUUCACAAGAUCUUGGCUUAUUUCAUCUGUCCACCUUCCCUUGGUUACCUCUGACACAGACAGACCAGCAAGUGAUAGAGUCAACUAAAAGCACUUUGCAAACAAAAGACCCAACAAUGUUGAUUGGUGCCUGUGAGUUUCUGGCUGAUGUUGUCUUCCAAGACUUCCCCGCUGAGUUGUUCUUACAGAGGCCAGAAAUCCUAAAGAAUCUGUUGUCCAUCACAUCUCUCCCAGAUCCUCUAGACUGCCUGAUUGUGAUCCAAGCUUGUAAAACCUUAACUUGUUAUUUGAAGAGCCUUCAGGUCAGGAUACAUAGUUUCCAGGAUCCGUCCAUGUAUACAUUGAAACAAGAUUUUAAUGCCUCAUCAUCUACUGACACAUCUGCAAUGCACUCCACUGACAGCAGUCGAGGUGCUUACCCACAGAGAAGAAACUACUUUGAUUGGGGUAACCAACGACAUCGAGGUGAUGGACAGGAUGUAGAAACUACACCUUCUGAUAGUAGAUCAUCUAGUGUGAACACUGAGCCUGAUGACCAGCUUGACAUGGAUGAUGAGCCAUCCCUAAUUCAACAUCAACUGACUGUUCCACAGUUCUGUGUAUCAGUGCUGCAGCGGAUCUUGCCAAAGAUGCACACUUCCUCUAAAGUGCUAGGUGUAGCUGUGAUUGAGUUGAUCCAGGAAGCCUUGAACCUGUUGAUGCCAACUUUAGAUAUGGGCAUUUGGACAGACAAUAGGAGUACUUCUCGGGAUGUGGUGGACAGGUUAGUUGAUUGUGUGGAUUGCUUCACUGACCUCUUAACCUAUCACCAUCAUCGUCAACAUACAAUCACCCCAAAAGAGUCUAGUUUGGCUGAAGUUUCCACUCAUCGUAUCCUCUACAUGGGUUUGGUUCACACACUGACCAGUUUUCUCACAAUGAUGCCCUUAGACAUGGUACAGUUACCAGAGAAACUCAAGUUAAUAGUACCAAGUAUUGUCUAUGAUGAGGCCUUGGCUCUUGCCAAUUCCAGAUACAGAUCUGUCAUGUUGGCUGUGGCCCAAAAACUGGGCCUCUCUGUUCCCACAGAUUUCCAACAUGUGGUAGACAUAUGUAGAUCACUCAACAAGACAUGCCAGUUUUGUAUGCAGGUUGAUGCUAAGAAUGUGAGUGUAUCAGAUCUAGCAGACAUGGCAGAGGAAUCCAUUUCCAGUCUGAGUUAUCAUCUUCACUUGCCAUUUGUUUCAAGAUUUGUCUGUUUUAUUUCUAAAUUGUGUAGCAGUAAGGCAGCAGAGAGGUCAGUAGUAACUCAGUGUACUGGUGUCCUACUACAGCUGAUGUCAUAUCCUAUUGACAGUGUUAGGCUAGUAUGCUACGUGACCAUUGCUGACACAAUCAAGAAAAAUCUUCAAGUGAGCCAAGCCACAGAUCCAAAGUCACAGUCCUGCUUGCUAACCAAGUUUCUCAUCAACCCAGAUGUUCUAUAUGAAAUAACAUGUUUUGGUUUGGCUGAUUCUGUUGCUAAGGUCAGGUCAUGUUCAGCUGACAGCCUGAACCACCUCCUGCAGUCACAGCUUUUAAUGACAGAAGGUCUUUGGCAGGAGUUUCUCUUGGCCUUGAUGAAAUCAUUACCAGUGUUACAGGGUUACACAGAUCACACCACACCUCUUGGUCGCAGUCUCUGGUACAUCUUGGAUCCAACCACCACAACUCAUAACCUUCCCUUGUUUGAGAAGUUAAGAGGAAGUCUGAGGCUAAUGUGUCUGUCAGAUAAAAAAUUGAGAAUGGAUGCUGCCAAACAUGUGAAAUGGUUCCUCAGAAGUGAGACAAUGGCAGAAAAUAAACUUCCUGACAACUUUGACGUGGACAAAAUGUCUUCCCUUUUAAUUUUGCCGUCUCCUCAGUUAGUUGAGGAUGACACAAGUCGUUCUGUCUUUAAGGAAGAAGGCCUGAAGCAGGUUUAUGAUAUAUUUACCUCACAUCCUGUAGACCCAGGGGUAAAAAAAUCAGCUGGAGAGCAGAUGGCUAUCAUGUUGAAAGAUCCCCAUCUUCAUGCUGCCUUCAAGUCAUCAGGAGGGGUGGAAGUGGUCUGCUUCAUUGUACAACAUUCUGUACUCAAAAAAGAAGAAAAUGUCCAGGACAACAGUAAUUCUAAUCUCCCUGCCUGUAUAUCUAUACUGCGUUAUUUGACACACUAUGACUAUGCUCUACGACAUACAUUGGCCAAAGACCAACCUUUAUAUUACUCUUUAAUAAGAGUGGGUCUUAUCCAUCAAGAGAGUGAAUCAAUUAGAGCAGAUGUUUCACAUAUUCUAACACUUUUACUGUUUGAUGAGGUUGCCAAGUUUGAUGUUAGUUUUGGCCAGUCCCAGACACCUGGCACAAAGUUCAGCUUGCCAGUUCAGAUUGUUCAAAGAUACAGGGUACCCUUCAAGCCCCAGGUCCACUAUCUGACCAGUCCUAGUGCUAUCACUCUGCCUGAUCCCUCCAAGGACAUAAUGACCACAAGUGGGCCAAGUGAAAUGAUGAAAAUAACCUGGAAUUGUGCAUGGCAAGCUGGUAUUGACCAGUUACUGGACUCAUUCAAAACUCCAUUUUUCUCAGAAACAAAUAAAGAAUUCAGUGACCAAUUAAUUCUGACACCAGUGGAGUGUGAAGUGCUUGAGAUAUCCCACAUACCUUGGUGCUUAAAAAGUAAUAUCUUGACCAUACAGCAAGCUACUGACCACUCCACAGUUAUGGCUGCUGUGGACAGGAUGAUGUCCUACACUACUGCACUCCCAGUGCCACUGGUCAUUCAGUAUUUCUCCAACCAGGAGUGGUUCCUAGUUUUUAACAAGUUCAUGAUGGUGACCCCUACAUCUCAGUCUGACCAAUCCCUGCUGUUACAUAUUCUGAGCUUCAUGAACUCUGUCUUACACUGCCUAAAGCCCAGUGUUGGCUCCCCAUGCCCAGCCCUUGCCUGGCUGAUGGACAAGAUUUACCAGCCUGAGGGACCAAUGAUAAGUCUGUUAAACAAACCAGGAUUACCAGUAGAGCCUGAAUAUAAAAACACUAUCAGACGUUUGAACAAAGAAUUAUUAAACUACCUGACAAGUGUCAAUUUGAGUUUACCAUAUCAACUCAGUUACAGAGUGAAGCCAUUACAACUGAGAGGUGAGAUUGUCAGAACUCUGCAGCGAGGCUUUAAUAUUGGUGAUGCCCCACACUUUUACAAUUUAGCAUCCCUAGAGAGCUCCCUCUUCUGCUUGAUGCACAUCACUGCCAGGCCUGGCUGGAGCUGUGAAUGUGGGUCUAUGGACAGUAUUUCUUUGUGUAAUCAACUUCUCAACAGUCUGCUGGAAGUUGUGUGGUCCUUUCACAUAGGUCGAGGUGGAGCUUCUCGAUCUUAUAUGGGCAAGGGAGUGACCAAGUCCUGCUCUUUGUGUCUGAGACAUCUUGCUUAUGAAAUGAUAACCAAGUCAGAUGACCCAGGUUGGGUCAAAAGUUGGCUCUAUACCAGGCAAGAUCCUAGCAAUGGCGUUGACCAAGGUCUUAAUUGGCUGCUGACUUUGUGGGCUUAUAGAGACCCUGAGGUGCGUGCUGCAGGGUUGGGAAUAGCUGUGGCCUUGACUUCAACUGAAGCUGGUCGUCUGUUGGUGAAUUCUAACUGCAAACAUAUUCCUGGAGGACUCUGGGGAGCAGCAUUCAGCAUUUUGUUGGAUCCAUUGGAAUGUUGUGUGGUUCAACAACAGGCAGCUCUGUUGUUGAUCAAUUUGACAUCCCAGACAAUGCCUAGUGGGAAUGUGGAGACAACUCCUGGAACUUGGCAAGGUCCUGUAGUUAUAGAUCCUGACUGUCAGGUCACUUUGACUGGUAUCAAUGCCCUGGAAGCUCUUCUGGACCACACUAAAUUUUACCUUACUGUCUCAGACAUGGUGACCACAUUUUGUUCUACUUCAUUGGUGCAUCCCUUAUUGGUAACUACUGAUUCCUUUCCUAUCAUGGAGGCGUCUAAUGAUUUGACCAUCUCCAUCUCUUCAAGUGAAACUAGCAGUGCAGAAAAGACAGCAAGGACAGGAUUGACUACAGUGUCCAGCUUAUCUUCUGACUUCACAUUAUCCAACCUGACACCUAGACUCAGAACAACUUUAGAAAAAACUAAAUCCCCUGCCCAGAGAAACACAUUCAGUUCUUCAACCAGCACACAAGCUUCCAUAGAAGACCACGUAUGUGAUUCAGCACAAGGGCAUGGAACUCCACCGUCACAAAGCCUGGCCACACCUGGUCUUCUCUCAGCAGUAGUCACAUUGUUAAGAAAUGUGCUUGUACUCACACCAGAAUCUUGUCUGGACAAAAUGAGGAGCAAGGGAAUACUCUCAUCUCUUAUUAGUCUUGUAAAACCAGGGUUUGUACAAGUGCUGUGUGAUGAGAUGACCAAUGGACAGCCUGGGUCAGCUAGUGCCCUCGUCCUCAUAGAUCUUCUGCAUAUGUUCGAAUCCAUAGCUAAUCUGUUAACUGCCUGUGUAGCCUUGGAUACAAGGUCAAGGCUAGACAUCCUGGACAAUAAGUCUGGCCUAAAAUCUCUGUCUCUGUUGCUUGUGUUGCAGUGGCUAGAAAAGGAUGAUGUGGCCAAAGCCUUUGACAAUGUCUCCCUGAGUGUGCUCAACUUACUGUCAAGUCUACUACAAAAGCGUGAGGUGAGCACAUUGACUACAGUUACACAAGUACUGGGACCAAUAUGGACACCACUUAUAGAAUGUCUUUGCUUAAUACUGGAUGACAGAAGUCUGGAUAAACUGAGCCUACAAUUGGCUUGUUUGGAUUUCCUGACUUUGCUUUGCAGUGAAGAAAGUCUGGCUCUUGUGAAAAAUCCAGAGAGAUUGUUGGAUACGGCUUCUGUGUCAGAACUUUUGGACACCUCACUAGAAGAUGAUAGUCUAGAACAUUUGAAAGAGACAAAAACAACAGGCAGACAGAUUUGUAAAACUCUAGUCCGCUGGUUUGAGUCUGUCAUUAAGAUAAAUGUUGAAGAGAAGGGAACAAAAGAAGCCUCUAGGAAAUUAAAGGUUAUUUCAGCCUUUAAAUCCUUGCUAGCUAUCUCUCAAUCAGCAAAGGAGUUUGCUCUGGACGCUGGUUUGGUUGAGGUUGCAUUAGACUAUUUAAAACAAACUCAUGCUUCACUAAGCCUGGAAACACUGGACAUGGUCAAAGUUGGUGGAAGAAAGGAAGGCCCUUACCUGCAAGAACUUGUUCUCAUGUUUGAUUUCCUACAUAAUUUAAUGUUUAACAAUGCCAAUGUCAAGGUUACUUGCUAUCAUGGUGGUUUGAUAGUGGUUGUACAAAAGUUGUGGGCAUGGUGCCAUCAAGACACAUCAUUAUUAUCCAGUAUUUUGUCCCUACUGACAGUUUAUUCUGCCCACUGCAACAGUGCUGCAGGGUCUCUUUCUUUGCCUAUGUCUGCACAAUCCACAAAGCCAAGUGGGCAGUUGACAAUCCUGCAUGGUGUCCUGAAGCUGGCACAAAGAGAGCUAGACCGAGAUGAGUGCUCACCCAUUCUCAAGCUUACGUUUUCACUUUUAACAAACCUAGUGAUGAAUGCUGAAUGUAGAAACAUUCUCUUAAAGAGUACAUUCUUGAAUCAAUUCUCCCAACUUAACCCCCGUAGAAAAAGAAGCAAGGUCAGAGUUGCUAUAGAUAUGUUGUGGUGUGACCUUCUCACAGCUCUGUCAUUUAGUGUUGAUGGACAACAAAUAAUACUUAAAAUACCAGAUGUAUUGACAGUCUUACUGGACAUGUUGGAGGCAGGAUCAACUCACUGUCAGCACUGCUCUACUCUGAUCAUUAGAAACUUGUGCUGCCACAGUACCAACAAGCCCAAACUUCUUGCAGUUGACAGAUUGAUAGCAGUGCUCAUGGAUCAAAUGGACAAUACUAGUGAUGAGAAGAAACAGCUGGUUGCCAUCUCAGCACUCUGGGCAUUCAUUUAUAACAAUCACAAGGCACGGGUUCAAGUUAAGUUGGCCAAUGUGCUUCCACGUUUGGUUGACCUGCUUCAUGACCUGCAGGCAGGUGGAUCCAAAUCUCAGAUGACUAACAGUAAAUGUGACCUAUUGAAGACUAUUGUAUCUACACUGCGAGACUGACCAUCUAUUGGAAACCUCUUCUUCCAGUCUGUGAUAAUAUUUAUCUGAUAGUACUUAAAUGAUAAUGAGGCAGGUGGUCCAGUGCUAGGCAUUUAAAAUCAUGAGGGUUAGGAGUUUGAAUUAGAUCUCCCUGAGUCCACUCAGUUUUAAUGUAUGCCCCAUAUUUAUUUGUAUAUUUAUUGUUCAUAGCUUGUAAAAAGAAAAUUGACAAUUUAAAAUACUUCUGGUAGUGUAAAUAUUUGUGUCCAAGUAUUUCUUUAGUGGCCAUUUAAACAAUGUUAUUCCAUUCUUAUUUGUUUGUUUUUUUAAUGAAUACUUGUACAUGUUAGUAAAAAGUAAAUAAAAUUUGUUUGCUAAAUGAC